AUGGCCUCAGCCUCUUCGGCUGGCCCCUCAGCUAUUGUCAGCUUUGCAAGAUUCCCUCAACUGCCAACAGAGAUCCGACUGCGCAUUUGGGCCUAUGCUGCCCCACACCGGCCUCGUGUCAUUCAAGUCUAUUAUGAUAUCGAGAAGGCUUCAUGGCUGGCCUGGAAGGAUGGAUGUGGAGGUCUCCCUCCAACUGUUCAUGUUUCGCGUGAAGCGCGCUCAGAAGCUCUGAAAAGUUACGCAAAAGUGUUCGAUACAUAUUUUGAUCUGGAAGCGGAUACCGUAUUUAUCAGCGACCCUAUGUUCACUAUUCGAAAGCCCAGAAAAAUCUUUAUGGAUUCGGAAUUUGCCAAGAGAUUCAAGAAUGUUUCCUUUUCUAGCGAUGUCUACGUAGGGCUGGUACAAGCAAAUGACCAGUUCCCAGACCUCUGCAUGCAUCCAGCAAGUGUCUUGCGUCAGCUCACAGCUGUGACAAAUUUUAAUAUCGUCUUAUCUGAUGAUGCGGAUGUUUUCUACGACAGUGACGACGGUGAGGACAGUGACGACGGAGAUAUAGAUAUCUCUGGAUGGGAGUCAGACGGACCACCAGAUCACAACCAUCCAAGAGUCGAACAGGCCGGCUUGUCUUCCGGAGAAGACCAGGACAAUCCAGGGAACGUGGAGUAUGACGAAGACGGACAGAUAGCAGUGAGCUUGGGAGACACUAUUCAUGACAAUCCAGAAACUGAAGCGGGUCAGAGCAGCAUAGAUUCUGUUAAGCUCGACCAUCUAGAGGGGAUCGCUAUGGAGCAGAUGUCCAAAGGGUUUUUUAGGCAUGUUGGGAAUAUCCGCUUCGAAAGCGCAAUGCAGAAUCCUGAUCACUGGGAAUCCUGGGCCGAGUUUAGGGAUGUAUUGAUGCUGGAUUUUCAGCGGGAGAAGUAUUCGUUCCCUACAUGGGUUCGACCAAUGUUCGGUGUCAUGGCAGUCAAGUAUGGACUGAAACGCCCUGGUGACUUUAGCACCGUGAUACACUCUUGGGGUGACCUUGGUUUGGUUGAGGGUUUGGUCGAAGAGGACCAACUUAUUUACGAAAGUUCGAGUAGCGGCGACAUAGAGGUUAAGUAA